AUGGCCGCGAAUUCAGAUCAAAAAACAAUGGAGGCAGCGUUGGAAGAGUCCGCGAAACGAAUGUAAGUGUUUGUAAUUGGUUAUUUUGGAUUUAGAGAAUCUCCAAAGGAUGAUUUUUCUGAAAGUUGAAUGAAUAAGGUAUUUUUUGCGAUUUCAAAACAUUUUUGUUAGUUUUACUUUUGACGAUGAAUCAAACAUAGUGUAAUAUUACAUAAAAGACUCAAUCGUAAAACAAUUUAGACAAGAGCUGCUUUGAUGUUUGAACUAUUUUUACAUAAAUCAAAGUGCGUAAAUUGCGCUUUUUGUCUAGUUUAAUCGUUUGAAUGUUUAGUUGAUGCCUAGUCCUUAUUUUCAGAUUGAGUAACGAUGGGGUCACUGGAGUCGUAUGUGCGGAUGACAAAGGAUCACUCUAUUGUGUCAAGGGAUCUUUGAAUGAUAAGAGUGGAGCCAUCUUAGCUCACCUAGCCAAUCUCGCGUCUCAGAUCGAGAGUCCGAUUGAACCAGUCAUUUCUCUGCAAGGAUCAAAUUCCAGACUGCUCGCUCGGCGCUACAAUGGGAUUGUUGUUGGAGUCCACAAGGCCUUGUGA